UGUUGUUUUUGUUUUCGAAGUGAGCGGUUGUGCGGUCGGUUGGCGACAAAGUUGUUUUUAAAAAUUUACACGAAUAAAUCAUCUAAAAUAGUUGUUAUUUUGUUACAAGUGAGAACAGUAUCGAAUUCCAUAUAUUUUGGGCUUAAGAAAAAUAACGGCCUUAGCCUGCCCGGGCGCUUUCGUUUAUGUGCGCUUAAAUAAAUAAAUAAUAGUUAAGUGGAAUCAGAAAACAACAACAACACGCGGGUGUGUGCGUGUGAGUGUGCAAGCGGCCAACUCCCAAAAAUGAGAAUUAAUUAAUUGUAAAAAUGAAUUACAAACUUACACUACAAAUACAAUUCAUUUCAUUGUAUUUAAUCAGUUAGAAAUUAUUGCAAAAUGCUGUGAAUGGUGCAAAAGUAAAUAAAUUCGACAACUUGUUGCUUUUGUCUGUUUUUUAAAUUUGCGGCAAACGAAAGUUUGUCGUACGUGAAUGAGUGUACAUAUACAUGCAUGAGUAACUGUGUGUGUGUGUUUGAGUGAAUUAGUGUGCGGUAAAAGUUGGCGAAAAUAACAACAACAACAACAACAAAAUGUCUGUGUGGAGCGAUUGCAAUGCUAAGCAACAAUUUGGCAUUGCCAAAUGCAAUUUCGACCAGGAGGUGACAAAGCCACAUCGUCUAAAUUUGGAUGUGGGCGAUGCAGUCGUAAUUCUCAAGGAGACAACACAUUGGUAUUACGGCUAUAAACAGAAAGACAAGGAGCAUCGUGGCAUUUUUCCCAAGAGUUAUAUCCAUUUGGUUGAAUAUAAUAUUGUCAAUGGAGAAUUCUGUAUCCAACGGACAGAUAUUGUCGAGGAGAUCACCAAAGUGUUGCUGGAGUGGGGCAGUAUAGCGAAAGGAUACUUUUUGCGUACCAAUCCUAACUUUCAGAGAAUACGACGAAAGAUGAACGAGCUUAACAACAAUCGUGCCGCCUUGAUCUCUGGCAAUCUUCCGUUGGAUGAGAUGCGUAAGGUUAAGCUCAUGGCCACAGCACAGAUUGAUACUGGGAACAAUCUGCUGGGCCUGGAUAUGGUGGUGCGCGAUGACAGUGGCGAUAUAUUGGACACAAAUGCCAUUUGCACCACAGAGCUCUUUGAGCAUCAUGUCCAUGCUGUCAGCAGGAUCGAAAAGGCUAAUCGUCUUUCGAGCGAACAAAGAACUCCACGUGUCCAUAACAAAUACUCACACAACAUUCUGCUGCAUGUGAAUGCAUUUGUUUGCAAAUUUCAAGAGGACUCGGAUCUGUUGUUCACGUUGUUUGAUGGCGAAACCCAUAAACCCAUCAGUGAGAACUAUGUGGUCAAGUGGUCACGCACAGGCAUUGCCCGGGACAUUGAUCAGUUCGACAAUAACCGCGUGCUUUUCACCGAUCUCAGCAGAAACGAUUUGAGCAUCUCGAAAAUGUAUUUGGUGUGCUAUGCCAUACGCAUAGGUUCGAUGGAAAUGAAGGACUCCUCGGAAUCGAAGCGAACGAGCAUAAGCAUUGCCAACAGCAUGCUGACUGCAGCCAGUCGCAAGCAUUCCCAGUUGUCGGUCAGUUCGAAUGGGUCAUCGGGCAGCACUUGUGAGUAUAUAAUGCGACGACCCUUUGGCGUGGCGUGCAAGGAUCUAACGCCCAUCUUGAGUAAAGCGUGUGAUGGCCCCAGCAAUCAGGAUUUGCCAUUCAUCAUGUGUGAAAAGGACACUUUGGAUGGGACAUUGCGCAAGUUGAUUUCCAACAAGGACAUUGGGAAAAUUGACUCCAAAAUGGCAGUGACCAUUGAAGUUCUACGCGGCGAUAUCAAACAGAUUAAAGAGGAUUUCCCUCGACUGGUGCACACCAAUGUGCCGGUGGCCCGUAAAAUGGGCUUUCCCGAGGUCAUCCUGCCGGGUGAUGUGCGCAACGAUCUCUAUUUAACCAUUUGCAGUGGCGAAUUUUCCCGCAUAGCCAAGACAUCGGAGAAGAAUGUGGAAGUCUCGAUUUGUGUGGCCAAUGAGCAGGGCUAUUUGAUUCCAGGCGUCAUGAGUAUCGGCACCGGCCAUUCUCCAAUUGAUGAGUACAAGUCGGUGGUCUACUAUCACGAUGAUAAACCGAAAUGGCAGGAAACCUUUAAGAUCCAUGUGCCCAUUGAGGAAUUUAAGCAAUGUCAUUUACGUUUUGUCUUAAAGCAUCGCAGCAGCAACGAGCAGAAGGAUCGUUCGGAGAAACCUUUCGGCCUGGCCUAUGUGCGUUUAAUGCAGGCCAAUGGAACAACCAUACCCCAGGGUCAGCAUGUCCUUGCAGUAUAUAAAAUCGAUCAUAAGAAAUAUGAUAAAACUGUGGCCAAUUCCUAUAUGGAACUGCCAGCGACAACAGCAGAAUUGCAAGGCACGAAGCCAUCAAUAAGCGGACUCUCCCUGCUGCCCAAAGAUCAACUGACCAUAGGGGUCAACCUAUGCAGUACGAAACUCACGCAGAGCGUGAGCCUUCUGGGCCUAUUGAAUUGGUCAGCCCAUAAGGAAACUCUCGAGCAGUCCCUUAAUGCCCUAUCCACAGUGCCUGGCGAAGAGGUAGUUAAAUUUCUACAAGACAUACUCGAUGCCCUAUUCAACAUUCUGGUGGAGAAUGAUCAGCCCGAGAAAUACGAUCAAUUGGUCUUUAUGAGCAUUAUACAUCUGAUUGAAACUGUAUCCGAUUUGAAAUAUCAACAUUUUCUAACUGUCCUGGAUGUCUAUAUUAAUGAGAGUUUCUCCUUUACCCUGGCUUAUACAAAACUCAUGGAUGUCCUGCAGAAGAAUAUAAGCGAUGCCAUUAAGCCGCGAGAGAAAUCCGCUGAUGGUUUCGAGACUGAAGAGAGCAUGGAAGUCCGCCGUCUCUAUAAGACAACACGAUAUCUGCAUUAUGUUAUGAAAUUUGUCAUUAGAUCCAGGAUACUUUAUGCCGAAAUGAACUGCAAUACAGAUUAUGUGGACUUUGCUUCGCGUUUGCAGGAGCUUCUACGCAUGUUUAUCGAUAUGAUUGGCUGCCCAAGCAAUUUGCUGAAAUCAGAAGGAGCUCUGCUCAAAAAUCUUCACAUUAUUGCCACAGAUCUGAUGCAAGUGUUUGAUCAAGUGCGGCUAAGUGUUUCUAUUGUGGAAAUUUUGGAGAAAUUCCCACCACGUCGACUCAUUCAAUCAAAAAUGGGUUGCAUUAAAGAUUUUGUGGAAACGAAAUUGUUUACUCUGCCCAAAUGUCGAGCCAUUCUGUUGCCCGUGUUUUGCAAGCACAUUAAAGAUCAUCUCGAGAGCAAGGAGGAGGGCGACUCGAAAACCGAUAUCUGGCAGCAAGAAAAGAAUCUUUCAAAAGCCGCCAAAGUACUUGGACAAUUAAAAUCCCAACUGCACACACGUGAAACGACUGCAAAUAAAAAGAUUGCCGAAUGCAUCAAUAUUAUGAACAAUAUCCUCAAAUUGCUCUAUCGUUCGGAUGUGGGACCCACUCAUAAUGAUAUUCGUGACAUUAUGAUCAUCCUGCUGCGAACUGUGAUGAAGGCGGCCCAUUCACUGGAUCGCGAUACGGCGCUGGUGGGCAAAUUCUUUGCCAUUAUGUUGGGCAUAUUACAGCGUAUGGAUGCCCAGCAUUAUGAUUACUUUGUAAAGGAUCUGCAUCAGCGCGGCGAGCUAAAGGAAUUCGUUAUCGAUAUACUCUUGGUGUUCACGGAGCUGGUGUCACCGUCACCGCAUCAGAAGGCUGUCUUUCCGCGUGACUGGAUGGAUAUGAUAAUGCAUCAGAAUACCGUCAUUUUGGGGGCUCUGCAACACUUGAGCAUUGUGAUAAUGGAUUAUUUCCUCACACCGUUUGAAAAGCAAAUCUGGUCGAAUUUCUUUCAGUGUUCGAUUGCCUUUUUGGUGCAGUCGCCGCUGCAGUUAAAUGAUUUCAAUGACAAUAAGCGGCAGAUUGUAUUUGCCCGCUAUCGAGAUAUACGCAAGGAUACGGCAAUGGAGAUACGUAAAAUGUGGUUCCAGCUGGGGCAACAUAAGCCCAAGUUUGUGCCGCAAUUGGUUGAACCAAUACUGGAAAUGAGCAUGAUGCCGGAAACGGAAUUACGGCGCGAGACCAUACCCAUUUUCUUUGACAUGAUGCAGUGUGAAUAUUACAGCUCACGGCUGGAAUUGGAGAGCUAUGGCGAUACCAAAAACAACAAUUCUCAUCAUAAGGGCAACUUCACCGAGUUCAAGACGGCCAUGAUCGAAAAACUUGACAUUCUGAUUGGAGCCAAGGGCAAGGGUGAUGCCGAAUAUAAACAGCUCUUCGAGGAGAUCAUGAUGGAGCGUUGUUCGGCACAUGCCACCCUCAAUUUGGAUGGCUCUAGCUUUGUGCAGAUGGUCACGAAAUUGAUGGACAAACUACUGGAAUACCGUUUCAUCAUACAGGACGAGAGCAAAGAGAAUCGCAUGGCUUGCACCUUCUCCCUGCUGCAAUUCUACUCGGAGGUCGAUCUCAAAGAGAUGUAUAUACGCUAUGUGUACAAAUUGUGCGACCUGCACAUGGAGUUCGAGAACUACACUGAAGCAGCCUUCACCCUGAAGCUGCAUACGCAGCUUCUGCGCUGGACUGACACCGAACUGUCGCCUCAGUUGCGCAGCUACAGGCACAUGAACUGCCGCACUCAUCGCGAGCUGAAGGAGACUCUGUUCUUCGAGAUUAUGGAGUAUUUCGACAAGGGCAAACAAUGGGAAUGCGCCAUCGAUAUGUGUAAGAUUCUGGCCCAGCAAUACGAGGAGGAGAUCUUUGACUAUAUCAAGUUAGCUGAACUAUUAAAACGCAUGGCUCAGUUCUUUGAGAAAAUCCUUAAAGAGCUGCGACACACAUCGGAGUAUUUCCGUGUGUGUUUCUAUGGCCGAGGCUUUCCCCGUCUCCUGCAGAACAAGGUAUACAUUUUCCGAGGAAAGGAGUACGAAAGACUUAGCGAUUUCUGCACCCGCAUGUUGGUUCAGCAUCCGCAGGCCGAGGUUAUGCAAACCCUUGAGGCACCAGGCAAAGAUAUAACCCAAUCGGAUGGACAAUACAUUCAGGUUAACAAAGUGGAGCCCAUUAUGGAUGCGGCAUUCGCCAAGUUCAAUGAGAAAAUCAUUUCCAAUGAAAUUGUCAAGUACUUCACCUCGAAUAAUGUACAGAAAUUUCAAUUUUCGCGACCCUUCCGCGAUGUCACCAAUGGCGGCCAUAUGGACGAUGUGCGUAGUCUAUGGCUAGAACGUACCGAGUUGGUCACAAGUUUCCCAUUACCCGGCAUUUUGCGUUGGUUCCCCGUCAUCGAUUCGCAUACCUUCAAGAUAUCACCCUUGGAACGUGCGGUUGAGAUCAUGAAGGACACAAACAAGGGUAUCCGUCAGUUGGUCAUCUUGCAUAAGGGUGAUGAGAGCUUGCACAUAAAUCCUUUGAGUAUGAAACUAAAUGGAAUUGUCGAUCCUGCCGUCAUGGGUGGUUUUGCCAAAUACGAGGAGGCCUUCCUCACUGAUGAGUAUCUCGAGCAGCAUCCCGACGAUAAAGAUUUGAUAGAAGAACUGAAAGACUUGAUUGCGUCACAGAUACCGCUUCUUGAGAUUGCCAUAAUGUUGCAUCGCCAAAAGGCGCCUGACAGCUUGAAGGCUCUGCAGGAGCAUUUAGAGAAUUGUUUCACCGACAUGCAACAGCAUGUGGAGUCUCGCUAUGGUCGCAAGUCAUGCGAUUUGAAAAUGGAUCGUGAUUCAGUUGUGAUGCGACGUACAAACUCCUUCCUACCAGCUCUUUUCGAUGGCAGUUGCAAUCGUUUGUCCGAGACCAGCAUGGGAUCUUCAGAUAGCGGCCUAUCGAAGUCAACGUUCUUGCCAAGGCCACAAACUAACUCCAUUAAAUCUACGUUGGCCAGUUUAAGUUUCAAUGCCAGGCCAAGUUUGAUGCACUCGCCCAGUACCAAGAGCAGCAAGAAUAAAGAGAAAACUCCAGCCAAAAGGCGCUCCAUGAAGAAAGAUCGCGAAACAUUAAGCCUACCAGUGGCAAAUAGUCAAUGGUAUACACCGCCAUUGUCCACCAUUACAUCGACGCCGGAGAAAGAAAUCAAUACGUCGGUCACAUCGCUAGCAAGCGUUUCAAAUAGUUCAUUGGCGGGGCCCAAAACACCUGAUCCACGUGUCCUGACCGAGGAGCUCACUUCAAAGCGGCCACUACGUUCCGAAAAGGAUAAAGAACGACGUCUAUCCCGGCCGGCUAGUAUAGCAACGCCCACGGCUACGAUUAAAAACUUUGUGGACACACGUUCGCUGUCCGAGAGCAGCAAUCGCAAUUCAGUUGAAACAACUGACUCCACAUCCGAAGAGGACAUAAGGCCACCACCUUUGCCAGCCAAGACGCGUGACUCCACUGAUUUCACCAGUCUUACACAUAGUUUGGACUGGAAUCCCAAUGGUUAUGCCAUGUUGAAUGCGUUAAGCAAUACCAGCAGCAGCAGCAUUACGACAACGACUACUAUGACAAAGACCAGUAUUACGAAUACAACGUACGAGUAUUUGGAGGCCACGAACUUUAGUUUGAUCAAUGCCCAAGAUUCCAAUAAGCCGCGUCCACCAACGCCGCCGCCAAAGCCAUCGCGCAACAGCAAACACAUUCCAUAGAAGAGAUAGAAGGGAAGGGAAGGAAAGGGAGAAAGGUACUCGCCAGUGCCGCGCCAUAUAUAUUUGAGUGCCAAUAUUAAAUCCUACACCCAUUAUGAGUCCAUCUUCUGUCCACCUGUUGCGCUACGAAGAAGAAAAAGAAGAACUAUAGCAACAUUUGCCUCAUACGCCAAAUUAAAAACAACAAAACAAACAAAAAAGUGUCUUAAUAACAUCAAAAACAACAACAACAACAACCACAACUAACAAAUAGUUACUUUUAUUGUGUUUAUUCGUUAAGUGUUUAAAUUAUGUAUUGUAUGUUAAAAUGAUAUUAUGUUGAACAUUUCGUCAUUGUUUCGUUUAAGUGUAUUUUGUAUUUUGUUUACGAACAAAACUCAUUGGCUUGUCUUCCACAAGUAAACAUUAGUACAUUACUUUAUAAUUAUAUUAACCACAGAUAGACAAUAAGUUCAAAUUCAAUCAACUCUAACGAUACAACAAAAAGGCAAUUCAAUACGUCUCUUAUGCAAACAAGUGCCACAAAUCUAAAAAACCAAUUGCAAUUUACAUAAGAUACAAUGUAGCACAAAUUUACUAACAAAAGUCAAUUAUAUAAUUACGCAUGCGAAACGAAACGAAAUCUUUUCCAAACGAAAUUAAUUGAAUUUUAGUCAAAUUUAAACAAAAAGGAUAUCAAUCAAAAGCCAACUAUUUACACACAAUGUUUUUAAAGAGCGCAAAUUAGCCAUAAUAUUGUGAGCAAUAUAAACUGUUGAGAUUUAGUUAGUAAGUUUAUAAGCAUCUACUAUAUACAAAUAUGUAUACAUAAACAUGUGUAAUCUAUUUUAUCGCACCAAAACGAUUUUACUUACGAAAAUAUUACUAUAUUUACAUUUUAUUGUGAACAAAACACACAAUUUUUAAAUCUUCUUAUACCUAAACGAUUUUUUUAAUCAUGUAAUUUGCGAUCUGUGUAUCGGCCAAAGAUUAAGCAAUAAUAAAGUACAAUUAAGCAGUAAAAGUAAUCCUUUAAA